AUGUCGGUCUGCAGCGGAACAAACACUUCCAGCCCGACCCUUCAUGUUGAGUGCGACACCACCACGGAGCAGCCGCAACAGUCCCCAGAAUCGACAGCUAACGCAAUCCGGUCGCGCCUGUUCCAGCUACGAAACGCCGAGCGCAUACAACAAGACCAAACCUUUUGCCUUCAUCCCCUCCAUCAACACUUGAGUUGCUGCCCCAGCGCCGAGGAGGUGUCCAGCUAUCCUGAUGCAGGGUCAGUGUUUAUAGAGGCGGGCUUCGGCGAAACUUCACACUUGUUGGAAGGACCCCUAGAUCCUUCCACAUAUGCCUUUUCGGCAGUACCACCCUUAGCGUCUCGUUUGGUCGUGCCACGGCUCCCCAACACAUACGCAUGCUUGGCGCGAUUCGCCUCCGGCUCUGGCUCUGCCAGGCUUCGCGCUUGCUCCCUGCUCGAGGCCCGAGAACCCCAAACAAACGCCGGCUUGGGGCUGUCGACGAUGGAAGCGGCUUCGGGUUCAGCUUCGCGCUUGAUAGGCCCGUGCAAGGCCCAGACAUGGGCGGAUUCGGAAUAG